UGGUGGGUACAGUGUGCUCGGGAGUGGGCAAGUGGCUGCUAUCCAUCAGGGAGGCAGGAGUGGGUCUUUUUCUAGCAACAGCAGAGAGGAAGGUGAGUGAUGUGACUUCACUUCUAGAAACAGUGACCCCACUGGUGUCAGGGGGAUGGGGGAGGGGACCACUUGCAGAGGCCUGGGUGAGAGGUCACCGGGCCGGCCUUGUUCUGGCAGUGAGAGCUGUUGGGAUUGGUCCAUUUGAGCCCAUGUUUAGGAGGUGGAGCGUGCCCGUGCAGGAGACUCGGGUUCAAUCCCUGGGUCAGGAAGAUCCUCUGGAGAAGGAACUGGCAACCCACUCCAGUGUUCUUGCCUGGAGAAUCCAUGGACAGAGGAGGGGCUUGCAAAGAAUUGGACACAACUGAGUGACUAGACAACACUAUUUACUUAAAGAAAUAAACAUGUUAACAGUUCAGUCCAACCCUGACAAGUAAGAGAAAGGCACACCUAGAGUCCUGAUGAGGGAAGCCCAGAAGGGAGGCUGAUGGCCACUUUUGCGGCUGAGGAGCUGAGCGGCUGCUGGUGUUGCCUUUUAUGGAGGUGGGCGGUCCAGGGGGAAGGCCGUUGGUCACCCCAGGCCAGGGUUGCUGCUCUAAUUCCCAAGGGAGAAUAGCAGAAAGUCGUGGGUGUUCGGUCACGGGAGGGCUGGAAGCAGCACGACUAAAGUGUGUAGAGCCCGGGGCAUGGAGGUGAAGGAGAGCAGAGAUCCGAGGAUGGAUGUGGAAGUUAGUCGUCUUGGGAAAAGUGACCGUGUCCAAGGUGGGGAGUGAAGAGCAGGGGUGGGACAUCCAGGUGCUGACAGAGGAGACGGCAGAGGAAGAGGUGCUGACUUUCACAGGAGGGAAAGAGUUUUGGUCUGCCCUGACCCAGGAAGUCCCUCAGGAAGGCGUGGUGAGACAGGCUGCCUCCAGGCCCGCGCGCUCCUCUCCAGGUGCCCGUCGUCCCGGGGCUCUUCCCGCGCGGCCGGACCCGCUGACUUCCCUUCCAGCCGAGGCGCCUCCUUCCGCUCGCGCCGCGCCGCGCGGCUCCGCUCGGACGUGUCCGCGCCGCCGCGACCACCGGAGCCACUUCGCGGCGAUGCUGGGGCCGCCAGUCUGGGCGUUGGUGGCCGGUGUCCUGCUGGCGCUGUCGCCGGGCCGGGCGGGGGGCGCCCCGAAGGCGGGCCGGCGGCCAGCACGGGCGCGGGGCUGCGCGGACCGGCCCGAGGAGCUCCUGGAGCAGCUGUACGGGCGACUGGCGGCCGGCGUGCUCGGCGCCUUCCACCACACGCUGCAGCUGGGCCCGCGCGAGCAGGCGCGCAACGCCAGCUGCCCGGCCGGGGGCAGGCCCGCCGACCGCCGCUUCCGGCCGCCCACCAACCUGCGCAGCGUGUCGCCCUGGGCCUACAGGAUCUCCUACGACCCCGGCCGCUUCCCGCGGUACCUGCCCGAGGCCUACUGCCUGUGCCGGGGCUGCCUGACCGGGCCACAUGGGGAGGAGGAUGUGCGCCUGCGCAGCGCCCCAGUGCUCGUGCCCGCGGUGGUCCUGCGCCGGACCCCAGGCUGCGCGGGUGGUCGCGCUGUCUACGUCGAGGAGUACGUCACCGUGCCCGUGGGCUGCACCUGCGUGCCCGGGCCGGAGAAGGAUGUAGAUGCCGCCAACUCCAGCCUGGACAAGUCGGCCCGGCCCUGACCGCCCACCCGGGACCCCAGGCCCGAGGAAACGUGCCCAGCGGUGGACUGGACCAGACCGGACUGGACCGCGUGGUGGGCCGCCCCGGAUUUCCUCUUGAGCAGGCACACAGGGCGGCCGGAAGGUGAUGGGGACUGAGCGGGGUGGCCCGCCUCACCCCCAGGACCAAGGGAGGGGUGAGUCUCAGAGGACAGACGGAUGCUUGCAGUCUUUUUUAAAAAGUAGAGUAAACCGUUUAUUCAGCUAUUUUCUCAAUAGGGGCAGGAACAAAAUAUUUUCAUACUUGCCCUUUUGAGCAAGUAUAUUGUUUUUACCUGAUCUGUAAACAUUUUAUAAACAUUGUUUUCACUUCCUCAGCCGGAAUUUUUAGAAGUUCAGGUAGGCUGACUCUUGCUUCAGUUGGUCACCAGUGGACACGGCUGGACAGGACCUGCCCUCCCAAUGGGCAGCUCAGCUCACCCCAGUCUCACUUUAUUCAUGAGGAUAUAAAUCGCCACAGGUUUAUACAGGGAGAAAGUUUUUUACUUUUCAAAGUCAGGGGCCAGUUUAUGGACAAGAGGCAGUGAGGUCAGCACGUGGUAUGUGAGAUCUGUGCCAAUUCCCAGGUAUAUGGCUAGUUUUAAGGGCUUCAGGAGCUAUUAAGUGCGCAGACUUAACAGUUUCCAGAACGCCAAGAGUGGAGCCUCUUCUAGCACUGCAGCUAAAGACCAGAACUAUCUGUAAAUGUGAGACCUUCUUAACUCGAUUUAUGUAACACCUGUAGGUAGGUGAAGGGCAUGCUGGCUGUGGUUUUCUCUCUGGACUCCACUUUGAUAGGCUCAACUAGUUCUUAGAGGAAAUGAUGUUUAUUAAGGUCUUAUCUUAAUUUUAUGGUUGAAGUUUUUAAGAGCAGCUGUGAAGUCAGCCUGUUUAUGUGCUCUCUUCCCCACUUAAAAUCAGCCUUGGUUUGAUCUGAAUGGAAGCUUUACUGAGAACUUCCAGUUUGUAUUAUAUAUUGACAGAGGUUGUACAUGAAAAACAUUGCUGAGCAAAAUUCAUAUUUUCCAAAUAAAAAUUCAGAACUGAAA